GAAGAACAAGUUAUCUCGCAUAUUUUACAAGGGAAGAAUUUAAAACCAAUUUCAGAAUAUAAUGAAAAGAAAUUUCAUCAUAUAAUAGAAUUUUCAACUCCCAACAAUGCACUACCAACCUAUUCAGGUCAACUUAUUAAGAUUAAUAAUAAACUUUGUAUAAGAUUUUGCUUCUCUGAGGGAACAGAUCGAGAUUUUCAAAUAGAAGAAAGUGUACAAAUAGUUAACAUUCAUGAAAGAUUAUUCGCCGAUGGUAAUUGCACACACUUUCCAGAUCAAUUUAUUCUUGUACCUGAAUCGAGUAAUAACCUUGGGAUGGUAACAUCAAACGGAAGAGGAGUUAAUGGUGAUUUAAACCCAAAUCUUCAUGAUUUUGAUACGGGAGUGCUAACGUCAAAACAACAAGAAACCAUUCGGCAGCUGAAGUUGAAUCAUGGUUUAUUUUUGGACGGAACUAGUGUAGAACCUAGUAAACAGGCUGUUAUUGUUGAAGAUGGAAGCCUAAAUGCAACAUUAUAUAAAGGACAUCCUAUAGUAUACACUAGCAUUAACGAUCCCACAUCUUCUACAAAUUUUCUAGCGUUUUACGAUCAUUAUAAAGCAAAUUUUAAAAACCAAAAACCACCGAUUGAUUGCAUUAAUUAUCCAGUUGCUGAAUUGACUUAUAAAGGUGAUUUGUUAGAGGCCUUUUCAAAUUACGUAGAUGAAUCCAAAGAACAAUUGCAUGAUUUAUAUGGUCACCUUUUUGCAAAAAGAACUUUGCUUG